AUGGCUUGUGAGCCGAAUAGAGUCCGGUUGCUAUGCAUGCUCUCGCUGACUUUUGUUUUCUUCAUCGUGGAGGUUGUGGUCAGUCGGAUUACUGCAUCUCUCUCGAUGUUGUCGGACUCGUUUCACAUGCUGUCGGACGUCAUCGCCUUGAUUGUGGCUCUGGUCGCGGUGCGGUUCUCUGAGAAGACCCAAGCGACCGACAAGAAUACGUUCGGCUGGAUCCGGGCCGAGGUGAUGGGGGCGCUGGUCAACGCCGUCUUCCUCACGGCGCUUUGCUGCACCAUCGUGCUGGAAGCGAUUGAGCGCUACACUGUGCCCCACGAGAUCGAGCGACCGCAGGUGCUUGCUGGCGUUGGAUUCUUGGGACUGCUAGUCAACCUACUCGGGCUGUGCUUAUUCCACGGCCACGCUGGCGGGGGACACGGACACUCUCACGGGGGGAGGAGGGGAAAAAGCCCCAGGUCUCACCGGGCCGGCAACGGAACUUCAGCGGAGACCAACAAUUUGGUGGGCAACCACAGCGGCUGCGGGGAUGCUUCUCAAACUGCUGACAUCAGCCCCAAAGGAAGCUCAGAAGUUCAGAUUAACGGCGGCACCCAGUUUGAGGAUUUAGAACACGAGCACCAAUCAUCUGCGCAGCUCAACAUGCGCGGUGUCUUCAUCCACGUGCUGGGGGACGCCCUGGGCUCAGUUAUCGUCGUCAUCAACGCUCUCAUCUUCAUCUUUGUCUGGAAGCCCUGCGAAGACCAGGAGUGCAUCAACCCCUGUAUCAAAGGCCACGCCUCGGACCACUAUCACAGAAACCACACGGUGCUAGAUAUGGAGGGCCCAACGAUGGCCAGCAUCAAGAUGGCAGGCCCCUGCUGGGCACUCUAUUUGGACCCGACACUUUGCCUCAUCAUGGUGUGCAUCAUGCUGUACACCACAUACCCGCUGCUCAAGGAGUCGGCGCUCAUCCUGUUGCAGAGAGUCCCCAAGCAGAUCAACAUCCAUCGCCUAAAUGAGCGUCUGCUGAACCUCGACGGUGUCCUGGCCAUCCACGAGCUGCACGUGUGGCAACUGGCGGGCAGCCGCAUCAUUGCCACUGCGCACAUCAAGUGUCACGACCCCACGUCCUACAUGGAGGUGGCCAAGCGCAUCAAGGACUUUUUCCACAACGAGGGCAUCCACGCCACCACCAUCCAGCCCGAAUUUGUCACGUUCAGCUCCGAGUCCCAGGACAGCCUUUGUGAGCUCUCCUGCCGAACUCAGUGCGCUCCAAAGCAGUGCUGCGGCUCCAGCGACAAGCCUCCGACCGACAGGAAAACGGGCAGUGAGCCCAGGUCCAUCGACGAGAGCCCGGAGGUCGUUGCCUUGCCUCAGGUUCAACCCCAGGUGAUUGUCACCUCGGAGGUGGAGUCGUCUCUGUGA